GGGAGGGGAGGUGUGGAAGAUGGCGGUAGUGAGGGCAGCUCCGGCCUGACUGCAUCGGGAGCGCACCAUUGAAGCGGCACCGGCGCGGGAAUCAGACCGAGCCAGGCCGCCCGCGGUUUCUUAGAAGAGUUUUAUCACCAUGGCUUUGGAAAUAACCUCGCCGCCUCGGUUUUUUCAUAUGCCGAGGUUCCAGCACCAGGGACCAAGGCACACCUUUUACAAGCGGCCAGAUUUUGCUCAACAGCAAGCCAUGCAGCAGCUGACUUUUGAUGGCAAGCGAAUGAGAAAGGCUGUGAACCGGAAGACGAUCGAUUAUAAUCCAUCUGUUAUUAAGUUCUUAGAGAAUCGAGUUUGGCAGAGGGAUCAUCGAGAUCUUCGAGCAAUCCAGCCUGAUUCCGCUUAUUACAAUGAUUUGGUCCCACCAAUGGGAAUGCUGCAGAAUCCUAUGAAUGCUGUGACAACAAAAUUUGUAAGAACCUCAACCAAUAAAGUGAAAUGUCCCGUGUUUGUUGUCAGGUGGACUCCUGAAGGAAGGCGGCUAGUCACUGGGGCUUCGAGUGGCGAAUUUACUCUCUGGAAUGGGCUCACAUUUAACUUUGAAACUAUUUUGCAGGCUCAUGACAGCCCAGUAAGAGCCAUGACUUGGUCUCAUAAUGACAUGUGGAUGCUGACAGCUGACCAUGGUGGAUAUGUGAAGUAUUGGCAGUCGAACAUGAACAAUGUGAAGAUGUUCCAAGCUCACAAGGAGGCGAUUAGAGAGGCCAGUUUCUCACCUACGGAUAAUAAAUUUGCCACAUGUUCUGACGACGGCACAGUUCGAAUCUGGGACUUUCUCCGAUGCCACGAGGAACGCAUUCUUCGAGGACAUGGUGCUGAUGUGAAAUGUGUAGACUGGCAUCCUACCAAAGGAUUGGUUGUGUCAGGAAGUAAAGACAGCCAACAACCAAUCAAAUUCUGGGAUCCUAAGACGGGUCAGAGUCUUGCAACACUUCAUGCCCACAAAAACACAGUGAUGGAGGUUAAGUGGAAUCAGAAUGGGAACUGGCUUCUCACAGCAUCUCGUGAUCACCUCUGCAAAAUGUUUGACAUCCGUAACUUGAAGGAGGAACUUCAAGUCUUCAGAGGCCACAAAAAAGAGGCUACAGCGGUCGCCUGGCACCCAGUCCAUGAAGGGCUGUUUGCUAGUGGAGGAUCAGAUGGAUCUUUGCUGUUCUGGCACGUGGGUGUGGAGAAGGAGGUUGGAGGCAUGGAAAUGGCUCAUGAAGGAAUGAUCUGGAGUCUGGCCUGGCACCCCCUUGGGCACAUACUUUGUUCAGGAUCCAACGACCACACCAGCAAAUUCUGGACGAGAAACAGGCCUGGUGAUAAAAUGAGGGAUCGCUACAACCUCAACCUGCUUCCAGGGAUGUCAGAUGAAGCAGUAGGAGAGUAUGAUGACAUUGAGCCAAACAGUUUAUCAAGUAUUCCUGGGAUGGGCAUUCCUGAGCAACUGAAACAGGCCUUGGAGCUAGAACAAGCCAACAAAGAAGAGGUGAAUGAGGUGGAGAUGGCAAUCCCAGGAUUGGACUGGGGCAUGGAUGAGAUGAUGCUCAAGGAUCAGAAGAAAGUAAUACAGAAGAAAGUCCCCUAUGCAAAGCCAAUUCCUGUUCAGUUUCAACAGGCGUGGUCUCAGAAUAAGGUUCUCACUGUGCCUGUUGAAGAGCCAAAGAUUGAGAGAGCAGAAGAGAAAAAACAGGAUGAGAAGAAAAAAUCUCAAGCUGAAAUUGAACAGGAGAUGGCUGCUCUACAGUACACUAAUCCUCUGCUGUUAGAGCAACUCAAGAUUGAAAGGAUGGCACAGAAGCAGGCAGAACAAGUACAGCAGCAACAAGUACAGCAGCAACAGCCGCAGCAGCAGCAGCAGCAAAGUCCUUCUUUAACACCACAGGCCUUCCAAGGACAAGGGUUUAUCUCUCAGCCUGCUCAAGGAUUUCAACAGGGACAUGCACCUCAGCAGAUGCAGAUGAAUGUGCCCCUUGGACAUUCAGGACCGCAAGGCAAUUUCAGACCACCAGCUCCUCCAGGACAACUGGGUCUACAGGUCCCCCCACUCAUGCAGGGUCCUGUAGUAUCACAAGGAUUAAUGGGUCCCCAAGGACAUGCAGGGCCACAAGGAAUUCAUGGUCCAGGAGGACCUUCUGGACCUCAGGGACCUCAAGGACAUCCAGGACCACAUGCAGCACAAGGGUUUCCAGGUCCCCCAAAUCAUCCUGGACCACAAGGACAGCAAGGAACUCAUGUUCAACAAGGUUUAGGUCCUCAGGUUCACUCAGGCUCCCAAGGACAUCCCGGCUCCCAAGGACAUCCUGGCUCCCAAGGACAUCCUGGUUCACAGGGAAUGCAGGGGCCAUCAGGCCCAAGAGCAAUGCAAGGGGCUCCAAUGCAGGGACAACCCCAGGGAAUACAAGGACCCCCCCAGGGUAUGCAAGGACCAUCAGGACCUCAGGGGCCCCAGGGUGCACCGGGUGGGCCUCAGGGUCCAUCAGGAGGGCCAGCGCAUCCUCAGCAGGGCACUUCAAAUGCACAAGGGCCACCCCAUCAAGCCCCUUCCUUUCAGCAACCAACCAAGCCCUCACUGUUAGGUGAUGGACCUAGAAUGCCUUUCAACCAGGCUGGAAACCAAGUGCCACCAUUGAUGAUGGUACAGCAGGGUCCGGUUCGAUUACCUGCUUCUAGUCAGGGACCUCCAGGUCCUGGGCCAAACAAAGGUGAAUCUCAUGGUCCUCCAAAUCAUCACAUAGGCCAUCCGCAGGAAAUGAGGCGUGACCCGAGCACAGAGCGUGAACCUGAACGAGGACCUCUAUUCAGGGGAUCCCAUGACUGGGGCGAUCCUCGGGAAAACAGAGGCUCCGCAGAGAGGCGGGGCCCACCCCAAGACUACCAUGAUCGUUUUGAAGGACCAGAUCAGUUUCACGAUGAUUUCCGGAAGGAUGAGCGAUAUGGCCACAGGUCGCGGGAAUUUGAGAACCGUAUGGGCCCACUACCCCUUGAUGAUGGUUGGAGGCGAGGACCUGGUCCUCAGCGGGAUUUUCCUCCUGAUCAGGAGUACAGGGACUUUGGGGAUCCUGAGCACAGGGGCCCAAACCGGGGUCCACCCCAAGGUUGGGAUGGACGCAAACCAGUAGAUGAACGAUUCAUGAGGGAGCCCGAGGAUAUGCGAUUUCGUGGGCGGAGGGAUGACAGGUUCCGGCCCGUUCGGGGAGGAACUCGCCACGAUGGCCGUGGUCUGCGAGGCAGAGAGGCUUUCAUGAAUAUGGAUGAGUUCAUGGGCGAUGAGGAGUUUGAGCAAGCAGAGGAGAACGCGAGGGGCCGUGACCCAGGAGGAAGAGGUCGGGGCCGUGGAGCAAUACGAGGCGGGAGAGGGGGCCUUCUUCCUCUACCUGGCCACGAGGAAUUCCCUCGCUUUGAGGGAGGCCGUAAGUCGGAGAAACGGCCGCUGUCUCCAGGAGGUCACCGCGAUGGCUGGGGAGGACGAGGAGAUCGAGGGGAAAUCCUUGAUGCCAACAGAGAACCAGGCCGGAGUGGGCCAGCCUCAUCGCCCCGUAUGCCCAAGUCUGGCCGUUCCAAUUCGCACGAAGGAGACCGACACGAUGGUUUUCACCGAGAUGACGGAUUCAGUGGCCCCGGAGGACCCCCUCCUCGGGGUGGACCUAGAGGUGGCCCCAACUGGGGAAGGAGUGGCAAGGGCUCUGGUCCUGGGCCUCGCCGAGGCUCCUCCAGAGGCAGCAGAGGAAGAUGAGUGAAGCAGCAAGAACAGAGGAUUGAUAUUACUCAAGAUCCCCAAUGACCUAUAACAGUCUUUCAAGUGGAACUUGUGCGUGCAGCCAGUGUGCGGGUCUGGCCUCAGAAGAAGCAGCGAUCGUUCCUUUUUCAUUUUUGUACAGUUGGCAGCAGUGUUUGUUGUUAAACUCCAGAAGUUUUAGUGUUGUGGGCUCUGGAGCUUUGCCACACACAGAGAAUAUGUCAGAACAGAGCGACUCUGACUCCAUGUACAGUUUGUCUCUAGUGUCAUUUUGUAUGACUACACAAUAUAAUUUGUGCAAAAUUUAACAAAAGAUGAAACGGAAA